AUGAACAGGUUCAACGUCGGUUAUACAUCAAUGACAGAGGAUGGAAACCAACGUCCAACGAAGAGACAAAAAACAUCGGCGGAUGCAAAUAACUUUGCUGUCUUGAAUGAAUGUGGGAUUUCUGCUUUCUUCAAGGGCCAAUACAAGGAAGCGCAAGAGUGUUUUGCAUGUGCCUUCCGUUCACUGCACAUCCAAACUCCUGAUUUCACAGAAACAACAAGUUCUGGAUCGAAGACAAAAGAAGAAUAUGAUGAAGGCAUGGAUAUUAAAGUUUCGCCUCUACCAAUUCCAGACUCGUCAACUAUCGAGUUGACACGAAUUAUUCUGAACUACAACAUUGCCCAAACGAGAAUACGUCGUGGGGACUACCGAGAGAGCAUCGUAACACUCAAUCAAGCGCUAACGGAGCUUAACGAAAGCAACCAAAAGAAAAAGAAGAUCAGUAUUCGGAUUCUUCACAGUUUGGGUUAUUGCUACUACAGACUUAGAGUCAACUCCAGAGCCAUGACAUACUUUCAAGAUGCAUUGCCCAUCUGUUUGAGUCAGACUUCUGCCACGCUUUCCCUUGCGGCGACUCUGAAUUGUAUAGGCGUCAUUCAGUUUCACGAAAGCACACCAAAAUCAGACAUGGCAGUGAAUGUAUUGAGACAAAGUCUCGAACUGUAUGAAACCAUGUCCUCUUCAUCAACUGAAGUUGCCACUGUUCUAAACAACAUUGGAAGGGUCUAUUUCCAUUCCGCAGAAUACGACAAGGCAUUGGAACACCACGAAAAGGCACUGAAGAUGCGUGUGGAUCUGCUGAAGAAAGACUCCAUUGAUAUAGCCGCUAGCUCCUUCAACUUGGGGCAGACAUAUCAUCGGAAAGGGAAUCUCGACGAGGCACUUGAGCAUUUCACCAAAUUCUUGGAUAUCCUUCGAUCAAGGCGCAGGAAGAGAUAUGCUGAUAUGGCAAUGGCUUAUCGCUGCAUUGGCGAUAUUCAUCGAGUAAAAGGAGAUUUGAAAGUCGCCCUGCAGUUCUUCCGAAAAUCCGUUGUCGCAGCAGAGUCGUCGCCCAAGGGAACCAUUCAACCAGAAUUGACUUCUUCUCUUACCAAACUCGGUAGCAUACACUUUGACAAAAACGAGCAUGACUCAGCUCUGCAAUGUUUCAAGGAGGCACUGACGGUUGCCGAGAGAUCAUUGGAAGUUGACCACCCUCACACCAUCGCCACUUUGACGAAUAUGGCACACAUCUACAAGCAUCGGGGAGAGUAUGCUGUGGCCUUGAGGGCGUAUCAAGCUGCACUGGAACGACAAGAAAGGGCUUUUGGUGUUGAGAGUGUCGAAGCGGCUGCAACACACUCUAGCAUUGGCCUAACGCAGUUUCAUCUUAACGAUUUCCAGAGUGCCUUUGAAUCUUACCAAAAGGCUUUGCGGAUACGACGAGAGGUUUAUGGCAGCGAUGAUCAUUUGGAAGUCGCUUCAACACUAAACUCCAUCGGAUUGAUUCUCUUUAAGCAGGAGAGUUAUGAUAUGGCCAAGGAAUGUUUCUAUCAGAGCCUCCGCAUCCGCAAGAAACUACUUGGAGAGGAUCACCGAGAUACCGCAGUACUCUGGUACAACAUUGCAACUGUGUACUUUGAAAUGGGGGAAGAAAAUGUUGCUGUGAAGAUGUACAGGGAAGCAUUGCGAGUGGAGCGAAAGGCUCUUGGAGAUGAGCACCCAGACGUGGCUCUGACUCUGCAGUAUAUUGGUCGAGUGCUUUUGCAGCAAGGAAACCUUGAUGGGGCAAUGGAUAGCUUUCGCGAGGCACUUGCACUCGAACGACGAAGGAAAAGUGACAAGAGGGCCUUGGCAAGAAUCCUGAAUAUCAUGGGUAAUAUUUUCCUUCAACAGGCGAAUGUGAAAGAAAUGAUGAAGUGCUUUGAAGAAGCAGCAGGGAUAUUUGUUUCGCUUCCUCCUGGAGCCGCCGAGAAUCUUGUUGUGGUUGGAUACAACUUUUACAACCUGAGUAAACUCCACCCUCCAGCUGCCCCCAUAGCAUAA